CCUCGCGAUGAGCGUGCGGCGUCUUUCGCUGUUUGGUGCUUGCGAUCACAGGCAGCUGUACGGUGAAGCCCACCGUGUAGACCGGAUGAACUAGAGACACCCGCCGCUGUCACCCCGUGUUCUUUCUUUUAUUAUUUCGGACGUAGCGGAUACAAGGUCGGUGUGUGAGAACCAGGAUGGGGGUCAAGGCAGCGCUCCCCAGGUAUGAAGUGUACCUGUACACCGCCGUGCUGGGGGUGGCGAUGGCCUGGGCGGCCAGCUGGAUCGUUGAGGCCUCUAGCGAGAACGUAAACAGGAAGGCCUUCAAGGAGAGUGUGAAGCCGGGAUGGCAUUACUUUGGCAGAAAAAUGGACGUCGCCGACUUCGAGUGGGUCAUGUGGUUUUCAACGUUCCGCAACCAUAUCCUUUUUGCUCUCACCGGUCACGUGAUCUUUGCAAAGAUUUUCUCGCUGCUGGUCCCCAAGAUUGGUAUAGAUGGAUGUAAGCACAGGUCCCUGGUCUUCGGCCUAUACGGUGUGCUGGCGGUGCUGGUCACCAUGGGCUGGACCUUCAUGGGCCUGAUCCUGUCCCACUGCCUCAUGCUGUACAGCGUGGCCCUCGUCAAAAAGAGGUGGCUCUGCUUCGUGGCCGGCCUGGCCACUCUGGCCUCCAUCAAGCUGGAGCCCUAUAACUCCUGGCAGGAGACGCUGGUGACAGGCUCCUUCGACCUGCAGGACGUGCUGUUCUACGGCGGCUGCGGCUUCACCAUCAUGCGCUGCAUGAGCUUCGCCUUGGAGAACUGCGACCGCAAGGAGGGCAGCUACUCCUUCCUGGACCUGCUCAAGUACAACUUCUACCUCCCCUUCUUCUUCUUCGGCCCCAUCAUGACCUUCGACCAGUUCCACGCGCAGGCCAACAGCUCCAAGUUGAGCCGCAAGGACAGGGAGUUGUGGGGCAUCACCACAAAGGCCUUGCUGCACCUGGGGGUCAUCCUGGUGGUGGACAUGUUCUUCCACUACCUCUACAUCCUCACCAUCCCCAGUGACAUGAGGCUGGUGCAGAAGCUCUCCGAUUGGUCGCUGGCCGGUCUGGCCUACUCCAACCUGGUGUACGACUGGGUGAAGGCAGCGGUCAUGUUCGGGGUCAUCAACACCGUGGCCCGACUGGACCACCUGGACCCCCCCCAGCCCCCCAAGUGUAUCACCAUGCUGUAUGUCUUCGCUGAGACCCACUUUGACAGAGGCAUCAACGACUGGCUGUGCAGGUAUGUCUACGAUUACAUUGGCGGGGACCACGACAAGAUCUUCAAGGAGCUGCUGGCGACACUCUGCACCUUUGCUAUCACCACGCUGUGGCUGGGGCCCUGCGAGCUGGUCUACAUCUGGUCCUUCUUCAACUGCUUCGGACUCAACUUUGAGCUCUGGGUGGCCAAAUUCUUCUCCUACCCCCCCUUCUCCACCAUCGAGGGUGUCAUGGGUGAGUCCAUGGGGCGCAGGAUCCGCGGGGUCUUCAACGCGGCCAACUUCUGGACCAUCGUGCUCUACAACGUGCUGUCCCUCAACAGUCUGGAGUUCGCUAAGAUGGUGGGCCGCCGGCUCAUCUUCAAAGGCUUCCCCUUCUCCACUCUGUCGGUGCUGCUGGUGACCUACUGCGGUGUCCAGCUGGUGAAGGAGCGAGAGAGGAACCAGGCCCUGCUCGAGGAGCAAGAGGCGGCCAAGAUGGCGGAGAAAGAGAAAGCAGAAUAAAACGGGCAAAAAGGAAAACUCCAUUUUCUUUUUUAGUAAGAGACUCUAUCUACAACAAGCCCUCGUAAACGUACCACCACUGGCUCGCUCUGCGCCGCACGACACCACGACAGCUCGUCAACCAACAACGUUUACAAUUCUGAAAUGUUUUCAUUACAUUUUCUGCUUUUGUUUGUCGGAGGAAGAAAAACGAGAAAAGAUCUCAAACUGUCUUUAUCCUGAAGUGCACUUGCUGAAGAUAAUCACCUCAACAUUGUCUGGAACCUCACUCGCCGAUAGAUGCAUUUUGUAUUUUUAUCCUAACAAAAAGAAAACAUUUUAACCCACACUUGCCUGCCGUAUACAUUUUAUAAAGAUGAGUUAAUAUAUUGGAUAUUAUGCGGUGCUGUAUAGGGAAAACUCCUGGUACUAUUAUAUUGAAUGUUUUUAAUGUACUGAAACUGUUGAGGAGAUGGGAGAUGUUCUGCUGUCAUUUUUAUUUUAUAGAGGGCAUCACACUUAAGGCAUCAUGCACAUUACACAUGUUUACAGCUUGCUUAGCAUUUCUUCGUAGCUAAACUGGGACAAACUGACUAAGGAGCUGAUUGUAAGUGAUAGGUGAAAGUUGUGUGUUUGGCAAACUGUCAAAUAUGCAAAUAUGAGGACGCCAUACUGGACUAGUAUUUGAUCGAGCAGAGAAUGUAUUAUUCAAUCUAGGUUUACAUGACUUAAUGAUUUAUUUUGGUCGACAGCACUGAGACAUAGCCACACUGGAAAUAAAAACAGGGCCUGACUACUACACCACGACCGCUGCUGUCAUUAUCUCUCUGCUGGAGAUUAGCUUUGACAUUUACCCCUAGCCAGACUGUCCCUCUCUCCCAUGACACUGGCUUGGAACAUACCAUAAUAACUUGACUAUAAAUGGAAUUCAAGCUACGCAGGGAUUCUUGGUUCUGAGUGUCAUUGUGCCUGUCACCAGAAUCAAUCAUAUUUUCUACUUGACUUUCAGAUGAUGGAAAAAAUUAUCCCGUUUAUGUUGUCAAAUCUCAUGUUUGAAAGCCUCUUAUUUCAAUGGUUUUACUUUAUUUGCUUGGUCAAGUAGAGAAGAGAUGAGAUGGUGUGACCGAAUUAAAAAAAAUGGUUGGAAAAAA